AUUAAAUUACCCUCUUCUUCAUCUAUUGUUAAUAGGUCGAAAGAUCUAACUUUCCUACCGAUUAGCAAGUCUAAUGGGCUGACCUUGGUGACUCGAGUGGCCAUACAAUUCAUUGGCAACUUCGGUUAAGGCAUCUUACCACAACCUCUGACUGGUUUUGACGACGGUUAACAUUUUCUUAAGCGUGCUCAUUAUACGUUCUACCUAAAUGUAGCUCCCUAUCUUUUUUUUGAACAAAAUUCACGGAAUCCAGAGAUAGCAAAGUUACGGUCUUGAUCCGCUUUAACUCGAGUAGGCAUACAGUCUGGUUCACUUGAUUAGAGGCAAUAAUUUUUGUGAAAGAAAAUGUUGAUUAAAGUUUCUAUAUUUGAUCUUUCAACAAAUAGUUUUCUGCUAACUCAAGCUAAGACUGUACUGGUUUAAAAAUACAAACACAUCUCAAUAUUAUUUCAGCUAAUCUACAGUUAGAAGGGCUAUUCUGAAAGCACCACAUCUGAAAUUUAAAAAAUUACAAAAAAAACCGCCUUUGAAUAAACUUCGCAAGCAACGUCGCCUCGAUUUUGCAAGAGACAACAUGGCUCGGAAUUCUGUCACAAAUAACGACCCUGGUGAAUGGAAAAAAGUUGUAUUUAGUAACGAAAAGAAAUUUAAUCUGGAUGGGCCGGAUGGAUACAAUUACUAUUUCCAUGAUUUAAGAAAGGAGGAGAAGUACUUGAGUCGCCAUCACACCCGUAAAGGUGGAGUUAUGGUAUGGGGAGCAAUAUCGUAUUAUGGCGCGUUCGAGCUGAGAAUUGUAGACUCCAGAAUUACGGAAAACAGCUAUAAAAUGAUGUUGGAAUCAUCUUUUCCAGAGAUUCGGGAAACAUUUGGACCAAUUCCAUGGAUCUUUCAACAAGGUAAUGCUCCUGUUCACACUGCAAGAUUGGUCAAAGCUUGGAUGGCGUCCCAAAACAUUGAAACCUUAGCAUGGCCCCCUUUUCCCCAGAUCUUAACAUUACAGAAAAUGUAUGGGGAUGGCUAACUCGUAAGGUUUAUGAGAACGAACAACAAUUUGAAUACAAAAAUGAUUUAAUUCGAAGCAUUAAAGCGGCCUGGUCUGAAAUUUCGGUAGUCUAUCUCGAGAGUUUGUACAAAUCCAUUCCCCAACGUGUUUUUGAAGUAAUUUACAAACAAGGUGGCAGCACAAAAUAUUAAUCUUUAAAAAAUAAUGGUUAAAAAACUUUGUUCUUGUAUCUAUUUAUAUAUUUUUUCUAAAUUUGUAAGUGCCUCUAUUCAAGUGAACCAAUAAAUCAAGCAGAAUAUUGCAGCUGCCGAACUUUUACCGCUACGAAAUACCGUUAGCUGAAAUAAUAUUUCGAUGUGUUUGUAUUUUUAAACCAGUACAGUCUUAGCUUGAGUUAGCAGAAAACUAUUUGUUGAAAGAUCAAAUAUAGAAACUUUAAUCAACAUUUUCUUUCACAAAAAUUAUUGCCUCUAAUCAAGUGAACCAGACUACCAAACAAACACACAACGGCUUAAGCGACUUUGAUAGAACUUUCAGUGUAAAUGUUUAAGGUAUGAUGGAAGGAAAUAAAUUUCGUAAAUGCAUUAACCAAAAAAAUUACGUACUCCCUGAAGUCAUUGUUUCUACUCAUCUUCCCCAUUAUGUCUGUGUGCCACGGCAUGUCUACCGCUGAAAUCGGAUGUAAUUCAGCCAGCAAUUUUCCUACUGAUGGCUUAGCUAAUUUACAGGUGAUACAAUUUUCGACAAACCUAAGAAAAUACUUUGACAUAUUUUUGAACCAUGAAAAUCCUAGGCUUUAUUAAACUUUUUUUUUCAAAAUAAUUUACGGACGUAAUUAAUCACUACCCACCUAAAUGCAUUAGAGUUUACGGGAAAACAUUUGGUUUUACCGUUUUGUAUCUAUCUAUAUAAAACCUCUUUCUAAAUUUAUAUGUUUUAUUUAAAUUUUCUGUUAAAUCAAUAUUUUUUAGCUUAAUUGAUAACUUGGCUACCUCAGGAUCACGUUAUUCAGAUACUAGCCAAUUAUCAGUUACCUCAGUCAAUUCGCCCGUUUUUCUAUUAUUUUUUCCACACUUCUACAUUCUUUAAAUCCUUUGGUUAUGCUUUGAUCAACUACUGCGCACCGCAAUCUAUGAGAAAGCGCGCUGAUAAAUAAACUCAUGCUAGCACACAUACACACGCACACUGCAUAAUGGUUGGACGCACCUUUAAGAAUUAGGAAGCGCCAUUGUUGUACUAUUGUUACUGUUCCACUUCCCUUUACUACUUACAUAUUUGUACCCUACGCGCACUUCUUCUUUAAAUUUUCUAAUAAGUUUGGUAGCUUCACAUUUUCUAUGAAUUUAAUUUUUAUUUGUUCCAAUUUCGCCACUACCUUGCAUUGCGCUUUACAUCCCUAACACUAUAAUGGAUUAGGAUUCAAUCCAUGUUCGGAUUCAGGUAAAUCAAUUUCGAAAUUACCAACCAAUCAUAAUUUUCACUAUUCAUAUUGAGCGGAACUAAAGUGCAAAUAUAUAUACGUCCCUCAUAUCUCUACUCGCUCUCGCUGGUCCGGAUUUCAGGACAUGAAGUAGCGUAAUGCCCCAUUUCGUUGCACUUAAAACAUUGCGUAUUGCACCGAUAUUUCACUCCAGAACUGCUGCUCCCUUUGUGAUUGUUUCCUUCUGCGUACUUUUUCCUUUCCAGUCGACUACGGUUACUCCGGAAUUAUAUGGCCAAUCUUUCCGUAAUAGAACAUUGGAACUUCUUCCGCUCUGGGCCGGUGGCAUCAUCUUCCGUAUUACGCUUCUUAAAAGUGUGAGCCGUCUAUUAUUUCCAUCAAAAACGAGGUCCACCGUUGUACCCCACGUCAUUAUGUCCAUUAGAUUCCGGUACUGUGCUUCUAGCGCUGCCAGGAUCUGGCACGACUCUUUACUUGAUGGAUUAGCCGAUAUUAAUUCCGAUGUCGGGAAUUUUGUUCGUAGAUGAUUCCAUUAUUGUAUCACUUUAUACUUUUAUUUUACUACAGCGCAAUAACCUCACUUUAUAUUUUUUAUUACUAAAGCACAGUAAGUUCUGCUACUAUCGAUGUGUUCAUUUUUUCGAACUGAUUCUGCGAGGAUACAGCGCUUAAUUAUAGAGUACGAUCAGACCUCACUCAGUAAAAGUUUCUCUAUUCGUGCUACUGUUCUUAUUUGCGCAUUUACAAUCUAAAGUACCGUAAUAUAAUAUAUGCCAUCUAUGCGUCGUCUUUUUCAAAUAGUGAUCUGGAACAUACGGGCAUGUGCUGCAAUUCGUUUUCGCAUGAAAUUGUCAGCGAAAUCGUGCUGACAUGUGCUGAAUUUCACUGAUCCGUUUUCGUUUUCGAACAUCAAAUCGCAACGAUUUGGCAUGUGCCAGAAAUCGAAACCGCCAUUUGUUUUCCAUUUUGAAAUCGUGAAGCUGCGGGCACGCGAAUUUAUUGAAAAAUUGAAGGAAACAUUAGAAAUGGGUAAGCAUAAAACGCCAAGGCAAGACCAAACUUUUUUAAGUUUUAUGGAGCAGCAUCCUGACAUUGCCAAAAAUUAUGUCAAGGGCGACCGAGUGGCAGCGGAGGCUCUUUGGGCAGAACUAGCCAAAGAAUUAAACAGCCAAGGACCACCACAAAAAGAUAUCAACGGAUGGAAAAAGGUUUGGUCGGACUGGAAGGGCUGCGUACGCAAAAAAAUUUCACACAACAAAUCGGAGACAAGAGCUACCGGCGGAAGUCCCUUCAACCAAUUUGUCUUAAGCUGCACUGAGGAAAAAAUUGCAGAACUUUGCGGUCUUUAUACUUGUGUAGAAGGUAUUCCACAAAGUUCCUCAUUCGGUGUACAAUGCGACAAUAGCAAUGAAUCAUCUGAUGACGAAAAUCCCACACCGAGUACUUCAGCGGUUGCAACAAGAACGCGAAGACCAAAUUCAAUGCAAGCAUGUAUUAAAGAACACAUGGCCACGGAAGCAGGUGCGGUUGAUUGUAUAUCUGGAACGUUAGGGAAGCUCCUGGAAAGUUUUGAUGACACCAAAAAUAUUUUGAAAGAUAGCAAAGGUGCAGUGAUAAAAUCGAUGGGAAAAGUUAUGCGAUCUCAUUUCAAUACAGAACUCUCUUACCGCAGAACAAAAUGA